UCUUCAUUUCAGCUUCCUUUGAACCCGCUGGAUCUCACUCCUCAAAAGUCCAAAGCAACAGUAGGCAGAAGUGUAACCAGGCGACCUCCCACCCGUCAUCACCUGAAAGACCCGAUCUCACCUCCUGUCGAUUACUCUAACCCUUUGAGACAGGCCCACAUCACAGCCGCCACUAAUCUGCAUCGAGUUUCUCGCCUGUGUCAUCAAAUACACGAGUCAGCAGUUAAACAGGCUUUUGGCAAGCGAUCGCCCCGUCCUGCAAUAAAAGACAGAAAAAACGGCGAUGGCAGUGUUGAAAUAUACGAAAUCGAAAGUGUUUCGAGUGAAAAUACUAAUACUAACGGUCAUACUAAUUUAGUACGAACGAAAAGCAGCAGCAGUGACGAUAUCAACUUGAUACCCGAGAAAGAUAUUGGUAGUAACAAAAGUGCUGAAGAUCUUGAAGAUCUAGAAGAAUUGCAGAGUUGGAGAAGAACCUCUAAGAUACGUAGGUCUUUACAGUUUCCCAAACAGAACAAAACCGUCGUCAGUACGAAACCUCCGGAUUUGCCGGAAAAUAUCGGAAGUGUACGUAAAAUCCGCGAAGAUUUAGAAAAAGGAAGAAGACUGAACACGGCUUUGAGAAAUAACAGUGUAGAUCUUGAGGCUCUCGAUCAGAUUCUACAAUCUAUUUCGAGCUCCAGUACGAGUAGUGAUAAAACUCCCGACGAUGACAACGAUACUCCUAGAAAACAGAAACGAAAUUCUUUUGUUACCGUAGAGUCGUUACAAGAGGUCAAAGGAAGGCUCAGGAGAACGAGUUCACCAACUAGCGACAUAUAUAAGGGAGACGAUAAAGAUGAGGAACCUGACGACGGCAUAGUAACGGAAGAAACACAUCCUGGUCAAGAUAAAGAAAUGCCUCUUCUUGAACAGUCACGUGUGCGUUCGUACGUCUAUGGAAUGGAAUCGCUGCUCAAUAAAAAGCCGGGCAUAGGUACUGGCAGUUUAGAAUCCAGAGUAAAACUAAUUAACGGUAAUACAACGAACAGAAAUGAAGACUGGUACAAUCGACGAAAAUCGUACGGUUUCGAACAGGUGCACAAUCACAACAACUCCUCGAAUUCCAUCCUGCACAAGAAUAAAAAUUUAGUAGAAAGUUCGACCGAUAGCGGCAUUUGCAGAUCGACGGAAAUCGUGUCCUCUUCAACGAAGAAAAACGGUUUAAUGGUAAAUGAGCGCUACACUUCGGACGAGCAUAGUGAUACAGAUCAAAAAUAUAAUGACUACGAAAGUAACAAACACAGCGGAACGCAUUUUGGACAGGUGAAAAAACUCACCAAUACCUUCAUCGAAGAAGACAGGGCCCCCCUCUACAGUAAAACAUCAACACCACACGGAAGCUGGGCAAAAUACCCCAGCGAAUGGUCGAACUCAAAAUCAGAGAUAAAAUCUACAACAAUCACAAUUCCCAUAGCAAAAAAUAACAAUAUCGUGGAUCUUUCUUGGAACGAUUCGGAUAGGGAAAUAAAAAGGCAUUCGAUAGCGGUGGACGAAUCGAAGUACGUAACUAAUAAUACCGAUUCUAAUAAAUAUCGCAGGACGAGUUUGGCGCUGAACGAUCAAUUUUCGAGGCAAGAGGAUGACGAUAGUAACACGAGAAGAACGAAAAAAGUGGAGUUUUGCAAAACCGAGGUUCAUUUUGCUGCCGAAUCUGGAAAAGUCAAUAUUGUAGCGACCGAUGAAAAGCCUCCUCCUACUCAAAACUUUAGAAGAAGGCGGAGAAAUUCUGGCCCAACUUUAGAUGACUUCAACAAAAAUGGGUUACCGGUUCUUCACUUCGGUGAUACCUCCUACGAAAAAACAAUGUUCAGUAUUUCGGACGAGCCUGAUCCGAUCACCAACGAAGGAAACUCUCAACCAGUCGCCCCAUUAACUUUUGGAUUAGUGACUGUCAACACAACGAACACCGUUAACAGUGAGAUAACCGAAGACGAUAAGAAAGAACUAACAGAAAACGAAAUCAAAGGAAUCCUGAAGAACAAGCCCAUCAAGCCCAGGCCUUACCAUCUUGGGGAGACGGUUCCCUUUAACGACUCGAACUCUGACGAAGACAACAAAUGGGGGGUGCGACUCAGGCACGUGGAUAAACCGGAGACCCCCAUAUGGAAGUCAACAGUAACUGUGCACAACUAUAAUUAUUUUGACAGACCGCCUCAGGAGACGGGCAGUAAUGGGUCCGAACCGGAAUUCCAGAAGCUUUUGAAGAGUUUACGUCCGAUUCGAAAAAGCGAUUACGCUAGUGAUAACGAUAACAGAUACGACGAUCUUAACACGGACAAUAGAAAAUCCUCUUGGUCGAUGGUUGCUGACGCGAACAAACCAGUUGAAGAUGGCCAAACGGUUGAAACCAAAGGAUAUUCCACCAAGAUCAAUUUCGAGGAGGGAGAGGCGAGGGUGGUAGAGAGUGACAGUUACGACGUGGACAGACACACUACUUGGCCCAGGGCAGAUAGUUUGGGAACAGACUCCAAACAACUGCUCAACAAAGGCUUAGUAGUUCGAAUAGGGCGCGAAGAUUCGGCCCUAAACCAUACCGUGUGCUCCAAAAUGACGACCACCCAGGACAUUAACAACACAACGACCACCACCAAAAUCACGAUUGAUCUCUCCCCAUCCCCCCCAAUCAAGAACGAUAGUUGUUUUACGUAUGCCAAAUAUCAAGGAUCUCAUAGCCACAGUUUCAAGUCUACCUCUCUAAUACUAAACACCAUCAAAGAUAAGAGCGAAAAGACUGCCGAAAAGAAGAAAAACGAAAUUCCUCACCAAUUGGAGGCGUUGAAGAAACUGUACGAAGAUAUACAGAGUGAUAGUGAUGCGGACAAAGAAGUGCAACAGCUGAUGUCGAAGGUUUCACAGAAUGAGGGUAACAGGAUAGAAACUGACACUAGUAGUGAGGUGUCUGGUAGUUGGAGCAAGAUGAGAGCGUACAAAAACAUGAGCGAUCAUUUCGGAAGAAGUAGCGUUAAGGAAGCAACAGCUAGAUAUGAUCUCAAAUCAGGUGCAAAAGCGGGAAAAGUACAUGCAGUACAGAGAAAUAGUCUUAAACCUCAAGAAAAUUCUCUUCAACCCUCAAAAUACCCCACGAAUCUGAGGCAUGAUUCCUCUCCUGUGGCUGUGAGAAAACCAGUUUCAGUGAAUAGGGCAGACCUGCAAACUACCCAACUUUCUAGUCCAUCCAUAGUUAAUAGAAAUAAAAUCGUAGAUCCUCUGAUAAAUGGUAGAAUAUCUCCGAUCAAAGACUUCAAAACUACCGUUGAUAAGAAGUUACAAACUAAGCAUUCCAGUGAUAGCAUCGUACUGAGACAACCGAAGAAGUCCGAAAUGACCUACUUUGGUGUCAAUAUUUCUCCGAAACCGGUGAAGAAAAUCUCGCAGGCUGUGAUACGCAAAGAAAACAAAUUAUCCGAAAAACCAGACUUAAUCGAACAUUAUAAAGACUCGCCUACCCGUAGCAUGGUAAAUCAAUCGAAAUCUAGGCUGCAGCCUCCAGAAAAAUCGGCGAGUGAACACGUUUAUGAAAACAUUAAAAGCAAAUACAACAAGGAAUUUGACAGCAGUAUUUUAGACGAACUAACCAAAGCUGCCGAUCAGAUUCUACAAGCAGUAAAUGAAUAUUCAGAUGAUGAUGUCCAGAAUAGGCUCAACAGUGACGAAGAAGGGCAGUUGAGAAAGAAGCAGCUGGAAACAAUCAGUGAAACAAAAUCUUGGAAACAAGAAAAAACCACGGCCAAAACCAAGCCACUCAACACCAAAACCAAACUCAAGCCCACUUCAUCUACUUCUUCUGUUGAAAGUCUGAACCGUAAAAAAGCUACUAACGAUCAAACUAAAACUACGACUGAGAGACAAAGAAGAAGGGUGGAAAAAACAGAACAAAACCACACAAAAGCGGCAAAUACCAAGGCUAGAAGACUGCAGAGAGCUAGCAGUAGAGAAGCUCUUCUCCAUUCCCACGGUUCUUCUUCUGAGGACCUACCGACGAAUGUGGAACUGUCGGUGAGGAAGCCGAGGUUGAUUAAAAAAACCAAGGUUACGCAGCUGACGAUGACCAACGGUGUGGAAAUGAAGAAGUCGCCCAGUAGUAGCAUCAGCAGGAGAAGGGAAGAUGUGGCGGUAAAAGGAGAAGAAAGGAUCUUGGGGAGCCUACCUGAAAUUCGCCACAAAACGGCUGUUUCAACAAUUAGAAGUACUUCAGAAAAAACCAGGGACAAAACGAGACACCGAUGUGAAGAUGUGCGAAAAAAAACUCCCGUGAAAAGAGAAACAACUAAAGUUUCAAAUCCUUCGUCACGAAUGGAAACAACAAAAAAUACUAAACCGACUACGCAUAACAGAGAGACAGUAACACAUCGAAUUUCGACAGCGAAUAUUAAAAGGUGCUACCGUGCAGAAAGCGACAACAGAUACUGAUCGCUCCACUUCUAGAUUUCGACAGAUCUUAUUGUUAAGUUUAUUUAAAUGAUAGUAUACGAAGUAUUCCUGCCGUACUAGAAUGUAAGUUCCUAAAUUUAUAUAUUGUUGAUAUUUUUAUACAACUGAAUUUCGAUAAUUCGAAAGAGUAACGCCCGAAAAUAUAACUAUGUAAUAUAAUGCUUUUUAAUGCUUCUUGCUCUCCUGUUUUGUGUUUAUUUUAUUUUUUGUUUGUGUAUUUAUUCUUGAACUUGUCUCAAAUAAUUGUGAUUGUAAACUGCUUUUUGGUUUUGUGAUGUUUAUACAAUAAAAUUUAUUAAUUAUG